AUGGACUUUGUCAAGAAAUUCGCCGGCGGUAACAGCAACGAGCAGUCUGCUCAGCAGGGUAGCGCUCAGCAAGGUUCCACUCAGCAGGGCCAGUCUGGUGGCUUCCUCGGUGGCCUUGGUAACAAGCUCAACUCUGCUGCUGGCGGUGGCCCCGAGAGCGAGAAGAACGAGGACUACCUUGACAAGGGUGUCGACUUUGUCCAGGAGAAGUUCAUGGGCCAGGGUCCUCAGAACAACGAGUCCGCCAUCGAGCAGGCCAAGGACGAGCAGAUCUCCGACAUGAUUCGCAAGCAGUGGCAAUCCACUACCGGCUCUGCCUUACCCAUCAAGGACAAGGAGACCAAGUUCUAG